UAGACGGCAGCGGAAAAUAGCUCCGCAUUAUUAUGUCUCCAUAAAUAUGUAAAUAUUAUUUCCGAAUAUUAUUUUAUAUCCGAAAAGUACGUAAGCUUACGAAAGUACUUUAGGUUUAGCAUAGUCGGGUGAUAAUGAGAUGCGCAAAAUUAAAUAUAAAAUUUUCCGCUGCCGUUUGCAUGCCUGCUUUCGGACGAGUGUCGAACGGAAUAGCUCCGUGCGAUUUCGUAUUUGUUCGAGUUUCUUCUUUGUCAUGAAUGACAAAGUUCGUGUCGAUUAAUAAUCGGUAGUGUCGAAUAAAAUAUCACGCGAUCGUAUUUUCGCGAGUUAGGAGCAGCCAUCGAUGGAUCACCGAGAGGAGGAGGAGGUCCGAGGGACAUCGGGCAUCGGCGGAGCAAUUAUAAGAUCAAUAGCAGAACUACAACUCCGCUGCUGCGCAUCCGUUGAUGUUUCUGCAGCGUUCCGAAGGGUGUGGACAUCGUCGGAAGUUUUGCGUGUUAAAGGAUACGGCCGCGGUGGUCGGUACGAAGGCUUCAAGAUUGCUCGAAAACCGUCGCGCGAGGUGCGCAGGAGUGGUAGAGCUGCGGAAAUAGGGGGUGCCGGCGUAAUGCAGCGGGUGGGCGCAGCCGGGGGGCCCGGGCCCAUCGGCUUUCAGGGCCCUCCAAGAUCAUUGAAAAUCUCACCGGUGAACAUACAGGAGGAGUCCGCCGAUCCCACGCAGAAAAGCAGAAGUUCGCUCUGUGUUGGCUGCGGCAGUCGGAUUCAUGACCAGUGGAUUUUAAGGGUAGCACCUAAUCUUGAAUGGCAUGCGGCAUGUUUAAAGUGUGCCGAAUGUCAACAGUUCUUGGACGAAAAAUGCACCUGUUUCGUGCGAGACGGCAAAACCUACUGCAAGCGCGAUUACGUGAGGUUGUUUGGCACGAAAUGCGACAAGUGUAGCCAGUGCUUUAGCAAAAAUGACUAUGUGAUGAGAGCGAAAACUAAGAUCUAUCACGUGGAGUGCUUUCGGUGCAGUGCUUGCUUGAGGCGGCUGGAGACCGGCGAUGAAUUCGCUCUAAGGCAAGACGGUCUCUUUUGUCGACACGAUCACGACGUUCUCGAAGGCGGAAAGCAUUGUACCGGUACUGUCGGUAUGCCCGGAAGCGAAAACAACAAUAAUGCCUCUCUGACAAACAACAAUCAUCAUUUGCACCCGAACGACGGUUCAAUGUCAGAUUCCGGAUCCGAGAGCGGGUCGCAUAAAGCGGGUGUUGGUGGUGUUCGCGGUUCAGGUGGUCACAAAAGCGGCGGCGGAUCCGACGGAAAACCGACGAGGGUGCGCACAGUUCUCAAUGAGAAGCAGUUACACACUCUCAGAACUUGCUACGCUGCGAACCCGCGCCCGGAUGCACUUAUGAAGGAACAGCUCGUUGAGAUGACCGGACUAAGUCCGCGUGUGAUCAGGGUAUGGUUUCAGAACAAGAGAUGCAAGGAUAAGAAAAAGACGAUCGCUCUGAAGCAGCAAAUGCAAGAAAAGGACGGGCGUAAAUUAGGUUUCGGGGGCAUGCAUGGCAUUCCCAUGGUUGCCAGCAGCCCCGUGAGACACGAGAGCCCCAUCGGCAUGACGCCUUUGGAGGUUCAGGCUUAUCAGCCACCAUGGAAAGCGCUUUCAGACUUCGCGCUUCACACGGACUUGGACCGAUUAGAUCCCAACGCACCGUCUUUCCAUCAUUUGGUAUCUCAGAUGCACGGCUACGACUUGCACGGGGGUCCGCCGCCGCAAUUGCCGCCUCCGGGGAUGCUCGGCGGGCCGAUGAACGACGGCGGGGGUGGACCGUUACCGCCGCCGGGGCCUCAUCAUCCGGGUAGCGGCGGGCCGGACAUGGGCCAGCAUCCCGACAGCACCGACAGCUACGUGACCUACGUCGAGAGUGACAGUGACUCGUUUCACCACGACACGGGAAGUCCAUAGUGUCGUGCACGACACAAAUGCAAAAUAACACCCCCGCCGUCCUUCGCUUUCGUAGCGACUUUCGUCGUGAUUCUCGCCGUGACAGUGAGAUGCUUGCAACGAAGGAUUUACUAGCUCGAAACCGGAAUACCCGAUACGGAUACGGUGACAUUUAGAUACCAAAGGACCCCGUGUCUCAUCGAUUUUACGGCGAUAACGGAACAAGGCGCUUACCGCCUACGAUCAGACGGGAUUCAGAGAAAUGACUUGGAAACGACAACGACGGAUGCAUUAAAAAUAAGCGGGAGGGGGAGGGGAGGGGGGGGGGAUAAUAUUGCUCUAUCUUGGAUUAUUCCGCACAAAUUGACAUAUAAAAGUAAUGCUUUCAUUUCUAACAUAAUUUCUUUGAAACAUUGCAAUAAGGCGAGAGAAAUACUCGCGAGACACAACUAUCUCAUUGAUUGUUCAGAAGAUAGAGGUUUGGAUGCUAAGAAUUCAUUAUCUCCCUUAUAUGUUAUCAAUCUAUUCGCAUAAAAUCAUCGAUGAUUCUCGUUUAGACCGAACGUUACGUUAUUCAAUCCUGCCAUUCUAUUUUUCAGUACAUAGCGUUUCUAUAUGUAUUUACUGUUCACGUUGUGUUCUAAUGAUAAAAAUUAUCCCUGAUAUUAUGAUAUCAGUUACGCUAAAAAAAAACUUGCAAACGGCUUGCGCGUGUGUCGUUAACUGCCUGUAUAUAAAAGAAGAGAAAGAAGUGAUUCGACAUCCAGUACUGAAAAUAUACUGUAUAUAGUUGCUAAUCGCUGUAAAUCUGGAGCAAUGUUAAAUCAUAAUGUACUCAGGCGCAAGUUAUAGCGUAGAAUAUGAAUAGUGGAAUAUAUAUAUGUAGGCACACUAAAUUUGCAUUAACAAUUGCAUUAUUCCAAUUACGUUAAGUUUCAGAAUGGCAAAAAUGUGCUCAUAAAAAGAUUACAAAUGCCAUACGGCAUUUUAUUUAUCCAUCUUCGACGAAAAAGUUGCCAUUAUCAUCGUUGACAUUUUGCGUUAUCUUUCAAGUUUGUCUGAAUGAAAGACGAUACUGUAUUUAUAUGACACACGUCUUUUGUUAAAAGAUGGACAAUUAUCGAAAAAAAGCACAAGAGAGCGGUGUUUCUUUAUUUAUGUUAGGUAUAAAAAAGAUUUUUACAAACUAUACAAUUAAAGACGUCUCGCAGAAGGCAAGUUAAUUAAGAAAAAUUGAUAGAAAUUUGUAGUAUGAUUUUAUGAAUUUAUAAAUUUAUAAUUCUUGCUACAAAAAAUACGCAACAAGUUUCACAAUUGUGAAAUUAAAUUUGCUUUUAUUACUUGCUAUUUCUGUCCAUUUAUUUUAAAAUUGAUGUUGCAAUCAUUUUAAUGCCAAUAAAUCUUAUGAAAUGGAAGAAUUAAAUCGAAAAAUGUAAUUUAAUUUAAAAGUAAGAGAAUGAAAAUACACUUUCAUUCUCUUUACUUUUUUUACAGAGCAAAUUUGAAAUCAUACAUAAAUAUCUAAAUAUAAUUUUUCUCUAUUGAUCCCAAAUACUUAUGUGAUUCUGAUCUUGAAAAGUGUAUAUUAUCAGUAAAUAUUAUCAGACUAUUUAAGAUACAGAGAUUAUAAACCGUAACAUUAAACAAAUUUUAAAACAGU